UUUAUAUAUUACUAUGAUUCAAGUAUAAAUAAUAUUAUUUUCAAAUAAUUACACCCCCCCCCCCCCAAAAAAAAGUCCUAAAAAAAUCUAAACACACUUCAUAUCUAAUGUCUAAAAAAAUAUUUUUGUAGGCCUACAAUUGUUUAGAUAGAUAGAGAGAGAGAGAGAGAGAGAGAGAGAGAGAAAGGCUUUUCGGGACUAACACAUGGUUCAAUUUUAUUUGAAUAAUUCACUUGGGCGUAGGGGUCUUUAGUAGUGUGAGGACACCGGAGGUCCCGGAGAAAACCCAAGAGGUUGGACGUACAACCGGGGAAUCGAAACCCCGUCAGUCCUAUAAUACUAGAUACGCCAUAUGCAAAGUAAAUGAAAUGAAAAUGAAAUAAAAUGGGGUUUAACGUCCUACUGUUCUGCUCCUAUACUGGGCUAAUGAAGACGGGCAUACGCCAUACAGUGUGCUAUGAGGGAAAUUUUACCCUGGCAGCGGCACUAUCGCCUACUCUUAUAUCGAAUUCCAACUGCCAGGGGAUCUUUUACGUGCAUUCCAAUAUAUACACGGGACCUUGGUUUUCCGUAUCAUCCGAAGGACUAGACAGCUGUCCUUGUCAGGCCCUCCGUCCCGCAUCAUUGACAAGGGGGAACCACGCCGGAAACCUAUGCACAGUAUUUAUGGCUUUGGGGUUAUGAUGAUUUAUAGGAGCCAAGGGUAUUUUAUAUUGGGAAUAGAUAGGCAUUAUCCAAUAAGGAGUGUGGCACUUUGGGAUUUUCAAAUUAUUAUUGAAAGGGUCCAUGGGACUGACAUUUCAAAUCUAGGCAUCACCGGAACAUUGGUUAUUUUGUGUAAUAAUUUAAAAGUUAUUAAAUACUUUUAAUAAUUGACAAUAGUUUAGUCUAGAUUAAUCGUUUGAGUCAGAAAUAUCACAUGUUUGUGACAAUUUCUCAGUAGUUUCUGUUAUCCAAAAUACCAUAAAACUACGAAAUUCAAGCGAUUUAGUUUAUCGAUAGGCCUACGCAUUAUUUCCAUUGAAGCCUGUGAGUAAAUCAAAUGCCAAGGUCACGUAAGCGACAUGCAAGUUCAAGGCCAACCAACUGAUACAUUUCAAAACAAAAAACAUGCAAUAAACGUAUUUAUUUCAUCUCUCUGCGAUUGACUGACCAUGUUCAGACAUUGUUACAACGUAUGAAACCCCCCUCAUUGGUAUUGUAACGGUUAGUUCAACCUGGCAACAGUUUUCAGUUCCGAAGCGUGUACGCUCACACCCUAUGUGACCUCACCGGAAUUGUGCACUGCGCGAGCGCAAGCAAUUUUAACUAAAAUCUAUUAAAAUUGCAUUUUAAGUUACAAUCGAUCUUCGUGAAACGCUUAAAAUUUAAAAUUUCAAUUUGAUUUUAGUUAAAAUCUGUUUUAAUGAUUUUAGUUUAAGUUUUUGUGAAACAGGGCUCAGGGGAAGAACGAUCUAAGUCACAUUUUUGUCUUUUCGCAUAAAAGGCAAAACAGACUUUUGGACGAGAAUGCUUGACGUGAACAGAACAACGAGUUGGUUUAAUUAUAACUUCAAAAUGAUGUUUAAUACAAUCAUUAUUACCAGUACAACAACUGACUUCCACUUUUCAGCCAAAUUACGGUCAAAUAAAGGGUGCGAUGAACGUAUUUGUCCAGGAGGCCAUUUCAGACGGGCCUUGGUUCGAUGUGACUCCAAUCGUUUUUACCUGAAAUUGAUUGUUCCACAGAAAGCUUAUACAAUUUUCUACCAGAUGGCGUCAUUAACUGGGGUUCAUUGAAAAAGUGACUUAGAUCGUUCUUCCCCAGGGCUCUUCAUCUGAUAAAUAAAUUAAAGAGGGUUGACUUUUGUUGAUUUUUUUCUAAGGACUUGAUGUCAUUUUCAUAGCUGAUUUCCCUAAUGCACAUAAUUAACUUCCUGAUACAUCUGCCUCAAAAUCUCAUAACAGCUGUACAUGUCAUAGUUCUUCGUGCCUGUUACUGAAAUCUUGUAAAUGCCCUACAGUGAACUAAUGUCUUUGAAGGCCUGCAACUAAUAUUUUUUUAAACUUUUUCAGAUGAAACUCAAUUAGCUAAAAGACGACAACGAAUAAGGAGUCAAACAUCACAGCCAUAUCCAUCUGUGGCCGAUUCUCCGAAUACUUGUGAAGUUACCACUAACUUUUCUUCUGAUGAAGUAUCUAGUCCAUCCCCCGGUUCCAUCUCCACCCUUAAGACUGAUACAGAUGACGAUGAAUACCCUAAACCACUAGCAUCAGAGAUCAUGUCAGGUCUUCAACUGAUGGAAAAAACAUAUACCACAGUACUGGAUGCUCCUUAUGAGGGUUCUUCAGCUGUAAAAGUUUCAGCAAAUCCUAAAGACUCCAGUGAUCUCUUUAAUUUAACUGAUAUGUUCAUUAGGCGUCUUAUUAAAUUUGGUAAAGUUUUACCUGAAUUUAAAAUGUUGUCGCAGGAGGAUCAAAUAAGCAUUCUGAAAGGUGGAAUAAUGGAGAUCUUUGUACUGCGUUCAGCUAUGGCUUUCGAUAAGGAAAAGGAGAAGUGGAAAUAUAAGGAUGAAGGGGGUAAAAAAGAAUUAGAUCCUAAAAUUAUAGCAUCUGCUCUCAGUUCUGACAUGUAUUCUUCACAUAUUCAAUUCGUAAGAUCUCUACAUGAAUUAAUUAAUAGUAACAGACUUAUUUUAAUGCUGCUCUUUAUUAUUGAAUUAUUUUCCCCGGAUCGUCCAAACUUAAAAAACAAAGAACAUGUUGCAAGAAGUCAAGAAAAAUACUCACAGUGGCUAAAGGCAUAUAUGGAAUCAGUUUAUCCGGUGCAAACAGCUAAAGUUCUGUAUCCAAAAGUGCUCAUGAAAUUAACUGAUGUUCGUAAUUUAGGAGCAGAAAGUGCUAAACUUGCUGCUCAUGUGGACAUCUCUAAACUUGCACCCCUUCAAAAGGAAAUGUUCGAUUUAGACUAAUAGUAGAAUGUAUAUAGCCAUGUAAUCUGCAUUGAUACCGGUAGUUGUUUUAACCACAAUCGUUUAAGUACAUCUACAGUACUUGCCCAUUUUUAUGUGUAACUUCAACACCAAAUGGAAUUGGGGUUAUAUUGUUUUCUUCAUGUGUUGUUUUUGUUGAUCAUAACUGUGUGUACUUGGAUAUUUUGUUACCUGGAUAUUUUGUUAUCAUCUGUUUAUUGUUGCGGUUUUGUUAGUGGCUUAGUCCCUUGCAUUGUGUUGGAAGAGUUGCUGAAAACCUUGGAGUAAAAUUCAACCUGUGAUUGUGCAUACUACUGAAUACAUCAAUACAUGCUGUUACAUUAGAAAAACAUUGAUUGUUUCCAUUGAUUUAGAUGCAGAUUAUAAUAAUAGGAAUAUUGCAAAGUAGCCUGUAGAAUUAUAAGAAUAAAAUAAACCUGUCUUUAAGGGUCAAAUAUCUUAAUCUCCUAUGAAUUUAUAUAAAAUAUUUUUGCUUUGCAUGAUAAUAAUAAAAUGAUAUUUUGUGUAAUUGUGACAGGUUAAAAUCAUCAUAGAAUUUAAAUUAGUAUUUACAACAGGGCAUGAUCUCUGAGAUAGCUUUAUAUAAUUUCAAAUCACUUAGAAAUACACAUUAGAGAUAAUAUUAGCAGUAUUUUUAUACUCCCAGAUUUUCAUGUGGACAUAUUAUGCUGUCGUCCCUGUCUGUCCAGACGUCUGUCGACAAUUUGUUUGUGGACACUCCACAGGUCACAAUUUUUAUCCGAUUUUUAUGAAACUUGAAGUAUAGAUACAUCUCCCGAAGAUCUCAGUUCCUUUCGAUAUUGGCAUGUAUCGGACCAUAACUUCAUGGGUUAUGGCCCCCGAUUGUACGAUAAAUCACGUUUUUAGCUUGUGGACACUCUAGAGGUCACAAUUAUUAUCCGAUUUUUACAAAAAAAUGUUCGAUUUUAUAACUGUUACACCAUAGUGUCAGUUGAAUUCGAAUUUCGAGAAAAUCGACCAAAAAUGGCUGCCCCUAGUACGCAAAUAAUGGAAACAUAUGAUAUAUCAAGGUUGUGGACCCUCUAGAUGUCACAAUUUUGAUCCGAUUUUGAUGAAACUUGAAAUACAUGUUUACAGCAUAUUUAUAGUGCGGCCUUUCAUAUAACAUGUUCAGGGGCACUUUACAAAGUGACAAUGUAAUCAUAAAUAAACAACAAGAUUAUUCACAUGUUAACAAUUGUAUACAGAGUCAGUUAAAAGCCUGAUUAAAUAAAUGUGUUUUAAGUUGUUUUUUAAAAGAAUAUAGAGAUGUACAACAUCUUAAACUAAAUGGUGGAUCUUGGUUCCAAUCGAUAUUCGCGUACAUCGGAUCAUAACUUCCUGAAUUAUGGCCCCUGAUUGUACAAAAAAAAUCACGUUUUAGCUUGUGGUCCCUCUAGAGGUCACAAUUUUUAUCCGAUUUAAAAAACCGUUUGAAUAUAUCACUGUUACAGCAAAAUGAUGGUUGGGUUAGAAUAGGUACACAAAUAGAGUAAAAAUAUGGUAUAUCAAGGUUGUGGAACCUCUAGAGGCCACAAUUUUUAUUCGAUUUUGAUGAAACUUUACAUUUAGGUUUAUAUCACAAAGAUCUUUGUUGCUGUCGAUAAUCGUGCAUAUCAAAACGUAACUUCCUGAAUAAUGGCGCCUGAUUUUUAAAAAAAUCGCAUUUUUAGCUCGUGGACCUGCAAGAAGUCAAAAUUUAUAUUCAAUUUUAAAAACUGUUUAAUUAUCACCGUUACACAUCAAUGAAGAUUGAGUUUGAAUUUCAUAAAAAAAUCUGACCGAAACUGCCAGACAAAAUUGCGGUGCCUUGUACGCAAAUAGUGUAAAAGUAUGUCAUACCAAGGUUGUGGACCCUCUAGAUGUCACAAUUGUUAUCAGAUUUGAUGAAACUUAAAAUAUAUCUUUAUAGUCCAAAGAUCUUAGUCCCUUUUGAUAUUUGCACAUUCCGACCAUAACUUUCCGGAAUAUGGCCUCUGAUUGUUUGAAAAAAAGCUUUUGUUUUUAGCUUGCAAAAUAUGGGCGUAUCUUACAUGGCAACUGCUGUUUGCCAUAGUAUCAUUCAUUAAUUACUUGCCUUUAAAUCAAUUAUAACCGUGCCUGUUUCUGUGUGACUGUUUAAUUUUGACCUCAUCUAUUCCCUUGAACUUUCCUUUAGUUAAUAAUAAAUCUCUUAUAAUUUCACUAACCAUUAUUGUAUUGAGUGAUAAUCAGAUUAGGACCUCUGCAUUAACUGAUGAUGUUACAACAUUAGAUUUACAUGUAAAUAUAGCAUACAACUAAAUACACACAUUGCCUUAAAUUUAUUUUUAUGUGAUUAAUCUAUACCAAAUAAUAAUAUAGUCAUAAAUUUUAAAGGAGUCUUCCCAGGGUAAACUUUGCAAGUGCUCUUGAAUAUGAAACUGAAAUGAGAAAAUGUAAAACCAUAGCCAAUUUACUUUUCUUUUAUGGUAAAAAAAAAUAUAGAGCCAGAACUGUUUUGCUGACUUAGAUAACUGUUUCAUUUAUGGCUGUAUUGGGCAUGUCGUAUGACAAGUGAUUAUAUUUUACAAACUUGAUAAGGCACUCCUGGAUAAGAUAAAAUUUAAAAGUAAAAUAUAGUCUGGUGGCCCAUUCUUCUAAAGUAAGUUUAACAUGUUUUCGGAAUAAGCAGGUGCCUUGAAUAGGAGAUUGUCGAUUUUCCCUGGAACACCUCGAACAAAUUUGUCCUGCGUCUUAUACAUUGAUGCAUCCUAUACAGUGGAAAAUACAGUAUUCUGUUUAUUAAUUUUUUUGAUGUGUUUUCAAAAUAAAACUUUAAAAAAUAAUUGAAGUGACAAAAGUGGUUGCCAACCACACCUGAAACAUACCCAUUUGUAUUCCUUUAAAUAAUUUUCACAAAACAUCAAAUGUAAGUCAUCUUAAAGGUUUGAUAAACAGACUGGUGCGUAACAUCCUAAUUUUGUGUACCACCCAUGAAAAUGGUAAAUCUUAGAACUUUUCACACUAACCUAACCAGUUUUAUUCAUCAAAUCUAGGACAUUGGGAUGGCUCCUUCAAAAUCGGUACCAGUAAUGUAACAGUUUUGAUAAGAUGCGCCAAAUGUAUAUCAGUGGUUUUAUGUUUAGGAAGUAUCAUGUUUUAAAUGUUUUAUUCACGUAACUAUCAGAUGUUUAUUACAUUAACAUGUAAUUGAAAUAUAUGACAAGUUGUUAAACUGUUUUCUCUAUUUAAAUGUGUUGAUUUAAAGUCAUGAAUUUAACAUUUUUGUGAUCUCUGUCUGAAUCAUUCGGUCAUUUCUUUAUCAUUCCCUGUUGUAUGUAAAGUACUGAUUAAAAUGAUGCUAUUCUGGUAAACUUUAAUUACAUUUGACAGGUCAACUGUAUAUAUCUGCACACAAGAAUAUAAAUAUUUGUGAAUAGAGACAUUUUCUAUACCAGUGAAUCCCAUUGAUUUUUUUGUCUUAGAGUAUUAAUAGUAUUAUAUAGCCUUGUUUUGCCUUGUGAUAAAAUAUAGAUAAGUAGAAUGUAAAUGCUUUUACUUAUAUUUUAUAUAGUAUAGGUCAUAUACAGAGAUACACAAAAAAACAUGGUUAUUUUUUUUCAGAGGUGGAAACUUGAGUCUGACAUAGUCGCGUCACAGCUCGACUCGAAAUAUUUGUCUCGACUAGACUAGGACUUUGGCAGACGUGAAAGUUUUAAGAACUAAGACGGUUAGGUGAAGAACUCUAAAUUGUCUUUUUCGCCAUGGCCUUGAUGGUCAUGACUCAUUUGAUGAACUGGCGAUUUGAACAGGACUUGUUGUUUGUGAAGACUUGGGAUUUGACUCAACUCUCCCUGAAAGUCAGUGACUUGGGAAACCACUCUGACUUAAGGAGCAACGACUUGGGAUUCGAUUCGGACUACAGGUCCCGCAACUUGUUUCCACCCCUGUUUAUUUUUCACCCCUGAUGCCCACUAACAUAUAAAGUAAGCGCAGGGGGACAGCACCACACAUAAUUUACACAAAAACAAAACCACUGACAAGAAACAAUACGCAGAAAUCACAAACAAACAAACAUAUCAAAGUAAGUGGAUGGAUCUGGGGGCUAGCCGUAAGCAUCCACUGUGCUGUACAGUCCAGGGCCUGAAGUGAUGCACACUUCACUCAAAUUUAAAAACAAUUAGGAAUAUAACCCAGAGAAACCAUUAAGUAAUGCCAGCAUGAGUCAUGAUCUGCUAUAUGUUACAAGAAAUAUGAAGUAACCACAUAAGUGAAAUGUAUAAAAAACCAAGUAGUCUAAAACUAAAUGUUUUAAGUCAAGUGAGAAACAUUUUUAGUAUUCAAUAGAAUCGAAAUAUAUUGAAUAUAGUCAGGUCAUAUGUUCCAUUUACCACAAAAACAGAGUAAAAAAUAAAACAAAACCGAAUACAAAGAAGUAAAUGAGAAAAUGUAAACCGUCUCGAAAGACAGUCGUCUGCUGACUGAAUGACGUGACGUAAAAGGCGGUAGGUUGCCAAUGAUGUCAAGAUUUGAAAAUGCAAUAAAAACCACAAUAAAAAGGGUGAUAAUCCAGAUAAGAUAAUGCCAAAAGGUUGAUAAAACAUCAAUUUAGGAACUAAUCGGAAUUAUUCAGCUAUGUAAUUGCACAAAAUAUAAUACGUAAUACCCCUACAAGAGAACUAGUACCAGUAUAUGUUAUUGUUAUUUCAACCCUAUGUAAAUGCCAGGAUAUAUAUUAUUCCAUUUGUGUCAAUAAAUAUUGAGGAAAAUUAGGUACAGAGCAAGGAAGAAAACAAAAACUAUCUGUAACUCUUUGAAAGAAAAUUUCUUCGUCCUUUGGCUAUGACAAUAGAUAUUAUUUUCCUCACUUGGAUUUGAGGGUGAGGCUAGUGUUGGAUGUGAGGAAGGAUAUUGUCAUCAAUUUGUAAAAAAAAAAAUGUUUCAUGUAUGAAUGAGGAAGAUAUUUUUCUAAUUUGGGGUGAGGAGACAUAUUUUCUAACUUGAGAGGGGAGAAGUAAAGUGCAGGUCACAGGGACAGGGAUGUGAGGAAUAACAAAAGGCAUAUUGAGUAAAAAAAGGUACAUUGUGGAAUGAGACAAACUCCUGGUUUAACUGAUAAAUAACGACCUGUAUGAAUUAGUACGAUUUUUUAUCCAGUUUGUUUGAGUAACUCCACUUGUGUCACAAAUGAAAAGUGUGGGUACAAAUGGAGUGUAAGAUAGGUUUGCAUGGAUAAUAUUUCUGUUUACAGUACAAAACAAUUGAUUUAUAUUAAAAUAACAUGCUAUUUCACAGUCAACAUAAUAUUUUUCAUUUAUCUUUAUGUAUGGUUUUAUCAACUUUUAUAGCUAAUCCAUACAUAAAUGAAUUAGUCAAAUUAAUUAAAGUGUGUAUUAAUAACUCUCCAGAGACAAAAAUAAUUUUGAUUUAUUACUAUGUUUAUUUGUUCAAAUAGACAAGCCUUCAAAUACAAUUUUAUAAAUCCUGCCAUUGUAUAUUCUUUAUGUAAUAAUUAUUAUUUUAUACUAAAAUAGUUUCAACCAUGUUCAAUUCCAAGUACAAAUCACCUACAGACAUGUUUAUAGAUUAUGGGGAGUAGCUAUUAUAGCAUGAGCUCAUGGUUUGUGUUAUAAUCAGUGAAUGAAAAUUACCUUUAUGGUGUCUUGAUUUGUUAACUAAAAGUGGAAUGUGGAAAAUAUAAUACUAGUUAUAGUGAAUAGAAUAUAAAGAAUCUUCAAUGUGGACGUUUUAUGUCGUCACCCCGGUCCGUCGAAGUGUCCGUUCAUUUUAAUCCAAUUUUGAUGAAACUUGAAAUAUAUCUUUAUAUCCCAAAGAUCUCUGUUCCUUUCAAUACCGACAUGUAUCAGACCAUAACUUCAUAGAUUAUGGCCCCUGGUCGUAUGAAAAAUCACAUUAUUAGCUUGUGAACUCUCUAAAGUUCACAAUUUUUAUCCGAUUUUCAUGAAACAUCAAACAUAUGUUUAUAUCCCAAAGAUCUCUGUUCCUUUUGAUAUUUGCUCAUUUUAGACAGUAACAUUCUGGAUUAUGACCCCUGAUUGUAAGAAAUAUUGUUUUUUCAGCUUGUUCUCUGUCCAUCACUUGCAAAAUUUGGGCGUAUAUUGCAUGACAACCACUUGUUUAUUUUAAGUAUGAAAAUGUUUGUUUAUUUGACUGGUGUUACAUUAGCAUCGGGGGGACAGUUGGUUGUAUUGUAUUUGAAUCAAUAUCCCAACAAGUAUAAUUAUUAAUGCAAUUAAAUCAACAAACUAUGUACUGUGGUUACAACAGAUUUCACAUCAAUCACUAUUAUCAACCAAUCUCAGAUGUGAUUUAAAUGAUUACUAAAGAUUGCCAUGUGAUUAACUAUCCAACAGUUGUCUAGACACUUCCUGUACAAAAUUUAAAUGGUUAGUGUUAUUGGUUUAUAUGUUCUACAAAUAGCAUUUAUCUUUUAGAAAUGAAAAUUGGUUUAUUCAUAUUUCUCUUUGAACAAUUUAUUUUAAAAACAUAUUAAGUACAUUAUAAUCCUGCUGGAUGAAAACAGAAGAGAGCUGACUUGAUAUCAAAUGUUGACAGAUUUAAUUAGAACAAGAGUUUGAUGACUCUGGUCUGACAACUUAUUAUCAUGUCCACUAUGAUCCUUUUCUGUCAAAUCCAAACAUUUUUGCUACAGGAAAAUUAUAAGAAUUCAGACUAGUAAUCACAAAAUUACUAAAGGAUUAGUCCUACAAUACAAGUAUAUAUGCCAAAUUAACAUUGUCUUGUUACUGUUAGUGUACAUUUAAAGGUGACAACAACAUAUAUUUUAUUCACAGGUCUUCAAAUUCCAUUAAAUUAUACAGAAAUGAUAAAAUUUUGCAAAUUAUCAUAAAAUUGCCUCGUUAUAUUACAGGCCGCUGUCUAAAGUUCACGCAUCAAAAGCGUUUACUAGAAUUAAUUUUGUUUGAAUGUGAAACCAUGUAUAGUGUGAAAUAACAUCUAGGGCCUACAUGUUGUAUUGUGCCUUUAAUAAUUAAUUUAAUUAUAUACAUUGUUUUUCAUUGUAUGUGAAGUAGGAUAUUAAUCAAUUGGACAUACAUUAAUUCAAUAAUUAUGUUCAAUAUAAUUAUCAUCUAAUUACUGAUACAUGUUUAGUGUAAUAAAUGUUAGCACAAUGAAGAACUAGAAAACAAUAAAAUUUUAAUUUUUACUGAUACUGGUAAAUACUUCAAUGCUUGUUACUCUUGGUCAGUUUUUAGUGUCUUGUGAAUGUUCCCAUUACCUGCAAAUGAAUUAAUCUGCGACAAGCUUUGUGGACUGCUUGGGCAACUUAUUUGCUGCAGGUAUAAUAUGUUUCUUUACAUGGCUAUUUAUAACAUUUGAAUUUUGUGAGACUAUUCAUUAGGCAUGAAAACAGGGUAUUGAAUUUUAAAUAUUUUGUAUAAAUUGUAUCAUUAUUUUUACAUUCACAAUUUAACUUUUAAAACUUCACAAUAGAUUUGUUAAUCUUGCUCCAAAUGAUUUUACUGCUAAUGGGCUUAUAAUAAGGAGGGCUGACUGUGGAAAGGUUACUUUGCGGGGCUUGUUCUUGUUGACAAUGAUUUUAGAGCUAGUAUGCACGAAUUGGUUGUUAAAGGGGGGGCUAUACUAUAUACCGGAAAACACCGGAAAACUACCGGAAAACACCAUGUUAUACUGAAUACGGGAAAACACCGGAAAGCACACUAAAUACCGGAAAGCACACUAAAUACUGGAAACCACCCUAAAUAGGUAACCCGGAGAAGGGCUAUACUGUAAACCGGAAACUAACCCUAACCCUAACCCAGCCCACAGAGGACCAGGCUCCCGGUUACCUAUUUAGGGUGCCAGUCUCCGGGUUACCUAUUUAGGGUAUUUUCCGGUAUUUAGUGUGUUUUCCGGUAUUUAAUGUUUUUCUAGUGUUUUCCGGUAUUCAGUAUAAAAUGUGUUUUCCGGUAUAUAGUAUUGUGGGGGGGGGGGGGGGCGGCUAGGAAGCUUUCUUUGAAAUUGGUUAAGAUUGAUUUUCUCCCAUCGACUGACAUUUGGCUCGUAUUCUAAAGCUACACAAACUGACAUCAAUGACUUUACUCUUUAUCAAAAUUUAUUCAGUUUUUUCUAGUCAAACAUGAUUGUCUUGCAAAGAUCCUGAUCACAUAAGAGGUAAGAGUGAUAUUUACACUUUGUGUGUGAUGCACAAAUAUUUAAAUCUGCCUUGUGUAUUUUUCACAAAAUACAAGAAAAAAAAUUCUCUGGUAAACAGUUCAAUCUGUAAUGUUUGGUUUGUACUAUAUCUUUUGAAAACAGUUAAACAGGAUUAUUGAUUUGCUAGUACAUGUUUAAUACAGUAGGUGUGGCAACAGGACUAUAUUUGUUUUAUGAAGGCAUUUUAUAAAAGGUUUCGUCAAGAACAACUGGAAACAGAAAUUAGAGAACCUAUAUUUGUGUAUUUUUGAUGGACAUGCCCUUUUCUAUUUAAGAAUAUUUUUAUUGUUGAAAUAGAGCCCUACUGGUGUUAGUGUAAAAAGGGCAAUUUUCUUUCCCCUUAUUGAUACCAUGUAUAUUGAAUAACCAUAUGUGAAGAACGAACUGUUGAUAUUUAAUUGUUGAAAUACAUCUUUUAGUGCUAAUUUACAUGAUAUAUCUUAUAUAUUUAUUCAUAUACUGAUAUAUGUUUUUAUCUUAUUAUUGUGUUUAUAAUUAGAAUCAAAAUGGAUUUUAAGUUUGAUUUGAAGAAAAAAUUACAAAUGGCAUACAAUUUCCAAGAGAACUUACAGUAGUAUAGAUUAGUUCUAUGUAGGCCUAUCCUUGUUAUUAUUGUUAUUUUUAUACACAUCAAUUGAAAUGUGGUUGUCUUUAAUUGUUGUUAAUUCAUCAUCCAUCCACCCAUAUGGACGCUCCAUGUUAUUAUUGCAUCUUUUUUUAAAUUUAUAUGUAUUGUUUAUAUCCAAUUAUUACAAUUAAAGUUAUUGCCUUUGAAUGCUAUAGAAGCUAACAUUAGCAUCUGAUUGACUUCAAAUUUUACUUAGUAGUUACGAUUACUAGACAAUGACUUGAAAUUUGUUGUUAAAUUAUCUAUGUUAAUGACAUAGAUAAUGUCCUUGAUCCCUUUGUAAAUAGAGGCAACAGGGGCGAGGUGAUUCAUGAUUUUGCAUGAGGAACCAAAAACAAUAUUUAUAUGUGUUUGUGGGUGAGGGGGUGGGGUGGCACUGGUGGCAGUCCAUUCCAGUGCCACUGGGUAAUAUUGGGCCGUGUCGAACAUGCUAGAGUCGAUUUAUAGCAUAUAUAUCUGACCUACGGUAUAUGUUUGACACUGGUUGAGCAUUAUGAUUACGAUUAUAAUGUUGAAAAAGCAUUGAAACUACGUGAUUUUUUUCCUUUUGCGAGGAGACGCAAAAACUCAAGUGGGCGCAAAAACUCAAAACCAUGACGCAAAGCUCGUCAUUGCAUCCCUCUCACUUAGCCCCUGAGAAGCAAAUGGGGCUCAUUUUUAUGUACUGUAUUUUUCGGUGCAAUAGGCGCUGGAUUUUUUGUGUAUGAAAAUGAAAAGGCGAAUUUAAUUUCAACAAUUUUUGAAAAUUACUUUCUUGUGGCCUAUCCAACAGCUAAAGGUAUCACCUGAUUAACUUGAAAGUUAAUAUUGUUAUAUAAUUAUUAAUGGAGAAUAUGUAUUAAAGGCCAGAAGAUGUUCUGAUGGAACUGAAAGCACUAGACGCAUAAUAUUGUGUUUCUUUCUUCAACAUUUUAGUUUUCAUAUAUAUAUACAUAACUGUAAAAUCUUUAGACAAAACAAAUUCUAAAUUGUUUGCAUUCAUUUUUGCAGGGUUAGAUAAGUUAUUGUAGGUUGAAGUUUCCUUUUCACAUGGGAGUAUAAAGUAGAUUUAUCUUAAUUUCUUAAUUAUCUUUGUCUAUUUUAAUGAAUAAAAAAAACCACAUUGCUAAUCUGUGUAUAUUGCCUGGUUUUUUUAUUGUUCUAUUCUUCAUAAAUAAUUGAUGUCUAGUCUGUUACCUUCUAUUUUUGAUGUUAAUAUUAGGCUUUGGUUUGUACAUGUCACAUGUUAAAUACAGACACAGACCAUAAAUAUUGAAAAACAAAUGACGUUUUGGAUUUUUUUGCUAGCUCAGUUUAUUCAUCCGUUUAUUUUAUGCACUUUAUUGUAGUCUGAUAUAAAUGUAUACAUAUAACAUUUCUGCUGUUUAAUUUAUUGUACAUGUAAUCUGAUCUUUGAUAUGCAUACACAUAGCAUUUCUGCCAUUUACUUAAUGGUCUACUGCAGAAUAUUGAUUUGACACAUUUUUCUAACUCAUAUAAUUAGUCUUGAUAAUCAAACCUUCAGCUCUAACCAUGAUGGUCUGGAACCAUUGUAUAAAUUUUCAAACAUACAUGUAUCUAUAGUAUAUAGCUGAUCAUAUUUUUAUCCGCCCACGUGGAAAUAGGGUUGUAUAUUGCUGUUGGCCCUGUUGGGAACAUUCUACAGACUACAUUUAUCAUCUGAUUGCUUUGAAAUUGAUAUGUUGGUUACAUUAGAGAGAUGAAGACGCCUAUUUAUGGCGCUUGUUUCACUUAACUGAAUGUUGUGAAUGGUCUAAUGACAAAAGUAAUCAUCAGAUCUGUAUGAAAUUUAUAUGCAUCAUCCCGUCUUCAUUAGCUCGGAGCAGAACAGUAGGAUGUAAAACCCCUUUUCAUUUCAUUUCAUUUAUAUGCACCAUUUAAAUUAGUAAAAUGAAGAAACCGAUUGAAUUUCAGCUAUUUCUGUGAACCCUUAAACAACAAAAAUUAUAAUCUGAUCUGUAUGAAAUUGUCUUGUAAAUGCCGCCCUUUAGUGACGAAAGAAUAAAUAUGCGACAACCCUUGUCAUCUGCUCAGAUGAUUUAGCUAAUGUGGGCGUAUGUUUAGUUGCCUGGCAACCUAUCGUUUGCAGUGAUUUAGGUAAAUAAUACAAUUUAUUUCACAUAUCUAUAUUUAUUCUCAAAUUGUUAAUAAUAACCAUUAUAGUUAAUGUUUUUGACAUUCAUUUUUUUCAUUGUCUGGUAAUUAUCUCCCUUAUUUGCAAACCCUGUUUUGACAUUAUGAUUAUAGUCUACUGUUGCUCAGGAGCCACAAUGGCUCAGUGUGUAAGACGUUGUCCCGCUAACCUGGAGGUCCCGUGAUAGAUCCCUGCCUUGGACGAGAAAGUUCAUCAGAAUUUUCCAGUGUGGGUACUCCUUGUCAGUGGCAUGCAUGUUAAAGAUCCCUUGGCAGUAGGAAUUUGAUGUAAAAGUAGGCCAUAGUGCCGCUGUUAAGGCAAAAUUCCCCUCAUAGCACACUGUAUGGCGUAUGCCCGUCUGCAUUAACCCAGUUGGAACAGAACAGUAGGAUGUUAAACCCCAUGUCAUUUUUCAUUUCAUUUCUAAUGUUACUGGUCACUUCUUCAGGAUAGCUAGUUUCCCGUAUUACAUGCAUUAUAGUUUUAGGUGGGUUUUGGGGGGUUUUUUUAGAAAAAGGAUGUGGGCUCCAAUGUUGUAUUUAAUACAUUCUUUCCUACUCUGUUAUAAAGCAUUGACCUAUUUCAUCUGAAUGUCAUUGCCUUUUGCAUGUUUUUUUAUAGUUAUGUCAUGCUGAUGAGACAAAAAAACAAAAAAAAACCUAUCUUAAACAGAAAAGAGAAUGAAGUAUUUUUUUAUUUAUUUUCUUCAUCGUAAUUACAUUCUGUAGUUUCCAUAAUCGCCAUUUAGAAAUAAUAAGCUUUACAAUUGAUUGCAUGAGUUAAAAUGGCUAUCACUGUACAUAUUACACCCGAAUUUCAUUUUCCUUGCUCCAAUACUCUUCUAGGCCAUCAAAACAAAUUACUACCUAUACAAAGCACUUUUAAGUCGCAUUUAGUCUAAGGUAUUAUUCACAUAAAAAAUGUUAAAAUAUUAUAAAAUCUGGGUUACGUAGUGCACAGGGAUGUUUUUUCAGAUUGUUUAUUUUAUUUAAACUGUUCAAAACCAGUUUAUAAAUAUUGACUGAUUACUGUUUGUUAUAUACAUGUAUAUAUGCAGAAGCAGUAUAUGGGGCAUUCAACUUGAGCUAGAAAUGUGAUAGUGGAAAGUAUAUUCAUCAUAUGACAAAUGUAGUUUGCUUCUACUCUGCUGUUGUUUUGACAUGUUACUUUAAACCUCAAGUAAUUUGCUCUCUCAAGCCCAAAUAAAGUACAAAUGUAUAUUAAUUCUCUAAGCUAGUAUGCAGGUAGUUACUAAAGUAACUAGUAUGUUGGUACCUAAACCUUAAAGCUGCAAUUUCAUAUUUUUAAGUUAUAUUUUUAAAAUUUAUUAAAAUAAAGCCUUAAAAUAGAUGGUAUCUAUAAACAGUCCUACCUUGUUAAAGAAUAAUCCUAUUAAUCCUAUAAUUUACUAUUGCCAGUUGAGAAAUUGGCAAAAAUAUCAUUUUCAACUUUAAAUUCAAACGUUUGAAGAUAGCUAUUCCAUGGGGGGGAAUAGAAAAACAAGGGAGGUAAUUGUGUUAUUAUUUCCGGGGUCAAAGGAUUUUUAAGAGGGAUAAUAAUACCUAUAAUCGUAUAAUAGUGAGUUGACAACCUAUUGAGCAAAAAACAUGGAAAUAAUUAUGUUUUGACUUUCUUAGAAAAUAUGAAAUUAUCGCUUUAAGUAAUUAUUGUUUACUCAAGCGAAAAUAAAGUAAAAAUAUGUAUAUUAAUUCUCUAAGCUAAUAUGGUACUGAUCCAUGAUGUCAUCAAGAAAAAAAAAUAUACUUAUAGGUUACAUUAAAGGGGAAUCCUAGUCUUACCAGAUAUAUUUUAUUUACGAUAAAACGACGAUCUGUACUUUGGGUUGAGCAUGUCUAAAAUGCCCACAUUGUCGUCACCCCUGUCUGUGUGUCUAUAAUUUGUUUGUGGACACUUUACAGGUCACAAUUUUAAUCCAAUUUUGACGAAACUUGAAAUAUAGAUUUAUCUCCUUAAGAUCUUGGUUCCUUUCGAUAUUGGCAUGUAUCAGAUUCAAACUGUAACUUCAUGGAUUAUGACCCCUGAUUGUGCGAAAAAUCAUUUUUUAGAUUUUGGACACUGUAGAGGUCACAAUAUUUAUACGAUUUUGAUGAAACUUGAAAUAUAUGUUUAUAACCAAAAGACCUUGGUUACUGCUGAUAUUCGUGCAUAUCAGAUUGUAAUUUCCAGGAUUAUGGCCCCUGAUUGUACAGAAAAAAUCACAGUUUACGGUAUCGUCCUUCUAGAGGUUAAAAUUUUCAUUUGAUUUUAAAAAAAAAACAUUGUUCUAAUAUAUAACCGUUUACCAUAAUGACGAUGGAGUUUUGAUUUUGUGAAAAUUGGAGCAAAACUGCUCAACAAAAUGGGCGUUCCUUGUACACAAACUGUGUAAAAGUAUGGAAAUAUGAGGGUUGGGAACCCUCUAGAGGUCACAAUUUUAAUCUGAUUUUGAUGAAACUUAAAAUAUAUGUUUAUUUUCCAAAGAUCUUGGUUCCUAUCGAACUGUAACUUUCUGAAAUUAUGGCCCCUGAUGGUAUGAAAUAGUGUUUUUUUUUAGCUUGUGGUUUUGAUAAAACUUAAAAUAUAUGUUUACAUCCCAAAGAUCUGGGUUCCUUUUGAUAUCCGCACAUAUCGAACCGUAACUUUGCUUUUUUUUUAGCUUAAAAGUAUGUAAUACCAAGGUUGUGAAGUGAACCCUCUAUAGCUAGAUGUCACAAUUUUUAUAUGAUUUUGAUAAAACUUAAAGAUAGGUUCCCGCGUACAAACUGGGUGAUUUAAUGGUAUAUAUGGACUAAAAACAUAUUCAAAGUAAUUUAUUUGUCAUAAUUUUGCUUCAAAUCCUUCUCAAACAUUGUAAUUGCGAAGGAAUGUCCUGCUAUUAAAAUUUGAUCAAACCGGGUCACGUUUACGUCACGUGACUUACCUCUCUUGGAAGUCAGAAGAGAAUUCAUUACAUACACAAGACGAUGUUGUCUUUAAUCGCUUACUAUUUAUUACAAAUAUCGAAUCCUAAAUAAAUUAUCAGAUUUUCCGUCAUUUUUAUCUCGGAAAGUGUUGUACGUCUAACUCUUCAUAAAGUUUAUCAACUUGUACAUCAAGCACUCAUUGUUUACGUGUGACCCUUGACAUCACGCGUGCAGAAAUUCCUAAUCGUCGGGCUGUUGAUUAGGGGAACCCUUACAUUUUUGUCCUGUUUACGCUCCAUGAGUGUUUUUCGGGGAAUCCAGUAUUUUUCUAGUAAGAUUGGAUAUCUCUACCUUCCAUAUAUACCAAAAUAACCAUACUUUUAUUGGAAAUAACCACCCGAUAAAUACUUUUCUGGAAACCCAUCUUUAACCCAUGUUUAUAUCCGAAAGAUCUGGGUUCCUUUCGAUAACCGUGCAUAUCGGACCAUAACUUUGCUUCUCUUUUCUUAGCUUGUUCUCUGUCCAUCCCUUGCAAAUUGUUGGUGUAUCUUUAAUGGCAAACGCUUGGUAAUACUAGAUUCUAGUAAGGCUUUCCUUUAAGGCUUUUAAGUUAAUUAUACAAGUCGAGUGUUUAAGUUUUCAUAAUAACUGGAGUACAACAGGUGCUUAUCACUGAAAUUGAAUGUGUGCUCUUAAAAGUGUUACAAUUAAACAUGGACCAUAAAAGCUGGGGUAUUUGCAUAAACAAGGUAUAAACAUGUGGCUUUUUGAAUAUGAAUAAAUAGUAAUGUGCAUAUAGUUACUUGUUGAUAUUUUGCAUUUAUUUUAGAGAAUAUUUUUAAUCAAUUAGAAUGCUGAUUAGGGUUGUGUGAAAAUGAAAUUUUGUUUUGUUUGGAUAAAACAGCAAUAACUAAAGUUGAACGACUUAAAUGUUUAAAAAUUCAGUGGUUUUUGAUCAAAUAGAACAUCCAUUCUUGACUAUAUCAAUAUAAACAUUGUAGGAAUUUCUUUCUGGUUUAAAUAAAUACUACAAUGGAUAUUGAUAUUGCACAUUUUAUAGUUACUAUCAAUCUUAUCAGUCUUUUUAGUCGUAUAAUGUAUUGGUGUGUUGAUAAAAAUCACAAGAUCUGAAUGUAUGCAAAUUAUAUAGCCCAAAAAAUAUUUGUUAACUUAAAGUAGCUAAGUCCGUAACCCAACAUCAUCCAAAAUCUUCGACAUUGAAAACACGACUUUUUUUGCAAUUUAAAUCAGCAUUGGUGUGGUGAUGUUACCUUGAAAAUAUGGGCUUCUGAUAUCCAAUAUUUCAGACAAAAUAAACAUUUUACCAUUGGUACACGAAUCGUGUACCAUAAUGCGUUUCAGUGCAAUUUGUAACAAUGUGCUCAAAGAAUGAGGCUAGACAUAUAUUCCACAUGUCAUAUCAAACGGUAAUGCCAUAUUCUUAUUUGUAGAGCAUGCACAAUAAAUACUAUCGAUGUUGACUGGAAUAACCAGACGCUAGAAACUGACUUUCGGUGGAGACUUCUGGCGUAUAUCGCCGAACAUAACUGAUGACAAUUCACAGUAAAAUAGAAACGAUUGAAUGUAAAACAGUUUAUAUAAAUUCCUAUUAUAUUAUUAUAUGUGUUGCGACCCAUUUGUGCCAAUUUCUAGCUCCAAAAUAUUACCGAUUUAGCUCCUUUAAACAUGCAAUUGGUCCUUUUGGAGUGAGUUUUGAAUGUUCUAGUUGGGCACAUCUGAAGACACAAAACAAAUUCCAGAUUUAUGAGUGGACAAUUGUAUAGUCAUCGCUGAAGUUAAAGAUGCCCACGUAUAAACUAUGUAAUUUCAUGAUAUAUUGGACUAAAAAAGUAUUCAAACUAAUUUAUCCAUAAAAAGUUGGGUGUUUUUGAGGAAUCCAAUAUUUUUAUAGUAAGAUUUGGUGUUUCUACUUUCCAUAUACAUUGUAUACCAAAAUUACCAUACUUUUAUUUAAAAUAUUUUCCCAAUACAUAUUUUUGUGGGAAUGUAUUUUUAAGGCUGUUUAUAUAUUAAUUAAGGCAGGUACUUUUAUAAUGUUCUUGUUUUGUUGAUGAGCAAUAGAUAAUUAGAUUUUUGCAGUAUUACAUAAACUGGUGUUUACAUAUUUUGUAUACAGUCAAAUAGUUUCAGAUGUAAAGUUUUCAUUGAUUUGCAACAUUUUGCUAACACACAAUUAGCAAAGUGGAAGUUGGCUUGGCAGGAGCUAGGGAGAUUGAGAUUUUCUCAUCCCCAAAUGCUGAAAAGAUGAGGUGUGAUCGAGUCCCUCUCCAUUAAGGAUUGCACUUACAUAUUUAGAUUGCUUUAAAUAAAAACAAAAUAUAAAAAUCACAAUCCAACUGCCCAUCCCUCCACCCCCAACACAUACACAUUCUAGUAUAAUAUCAAGCUCUGUCUAAGAAUACUCCAAAUAAAGCCAAAAUAUUAAC